CCUGUCUCUCUCUGCCAGUGACGCCUGAACUCUUUCUGGGAGCAGAUUCUAGAUUCUAAGUUUUUCCUCUCCAGGCUGUAAUGCUCUUGUGUUUGCUCAGCCUCUGUUCCCAUAAGCCGCAGGCUGGUCUGUCGUGUAUAUGGGGCUCGUCUUUUCGUACUCGGAAAAUGCGUUAACUCUUGAAGCUGGAUCGAUAUAUUAUGAGCGUCUACUUGGAUCAUUAGUAUUGGAUCUUCUGUCUCCGCUGAUGCAGCCUCGCAGGUUGUGAUUAAGAAGAUCACCAGGAAACGGACUGCCGGCGGCAGUAGUUCAGUCUCUUUUCACUGGGGAGCAGGACCUUCUGACUGCGGCAAUGAAGUACAGAGCAGCGGCUCCGGCUAUUGACGGUAUCCGGAUAACCAUGGAGAGUGCCUUAACAGCCCGUGAUCGGGUUGGUGUCCAGGACUUCGUCCUGUUGGAGAACUAUACAAGUGAAGCCGCCUUCAUAGAAAACCUGAGGAAACGGUUCAAGGAGAAUCUCAUAUAUACUUAUAUUGGAUCUGUCUUGGUGUCUGUUAACCCUUACAAGGAGCUGGAGAUUUACAGUAAGCAGCACAUGGAAAGAUAUCGUGGGGUCAGUUUCUAUGAAGUCUCUCCUCACAUCUAUGCUAUAGCCGACAACUCUUACCGCUCCCUGCGAACAGAAAGAAAAGACCAGUGUAUUCUUAUAUCUGGCGAGAGUGGGGCAGGAAAGACGGAGGCUAGCAAGAAGAUCCUCCAGUACUAUGCUGUGACCUGCCCUGCCAGCGAUCAAGUGGAAACUGUGAAAGACCGCCUGCUGCAGUCCAAUCCUGUUCUUGAGGCCUUUGGAAAUGCAAAAACCUUACGAAAUGACAAUUCCAGCCGUUUUGGCAAAUACAUGGAUGUGCAGUUCGAUUAUAAGGGAGCUCCAGUUGGGGGACACAUCCUGAACUAUCUCCUGGAAAAAUCACGUGUGGUGCAUCAGAACCAUGGAGAAAGAAAUUUCCAUAUAUUCUAUCAGCUCCUCGAGGGCGGGGAAGAGGAUCUUCUGCGUAGGCUGGGCUUAGACAGAAGUGCACAAAACUACCAAUACCUUAUCAAGGGUCAGUGUGCCAGGGUUAGCUCAAUCAAUGAUAAAAAUGAAUGGAAGAUUGUUCGAAAAGCUUUGUCAGUGAUCAACUUCAAUGACGAUGACGUGGAGGAAUUGUUGAGCAUUGUAGCCAGCGUCUUGCACUUGGGAAAUGUGCAGUUUGCCUCAGAUGAACAAGGAAAUGUCCAGGUUACAACUGAAAACCAGAUUAAAUAUCUUGCCAGGCUUCUGUCUGUAGAUAGUACCGUACUACGGGAAUCUCUUAUUCACAAAAAGAUCAUUGCAAAAGGAGAAGAGCUGAAUAGUCCUUUGAAUCUGGAGCAAGCUGCUUAUGCCAGAGAUGCCUUGGCUAAAGCAAUUUAUGGACGCACCUUUUCAUGGCUUGUCGGCAAGAUUAACAAAUCGCUAGCCUAUAAGGGUUCAGACAUGUACAGUCUGGGGAAUGCAUCAGUCUUAGGACUUCUGGACAUAUAUGGUUUUGAAGUCUUUCAACAUAACAGCUUUGAACAGUUUUGCAUAAAUUACUGCAAUGAGAAGCUUCAGCAGUUGUUUAUUGAGCUGACACUAAAGUCUGAACAGGAAGAGUAUGAAUCUGAGGGGAUUGCGUGGGAGCCUGUGCAGUAUUUCAAUAACAAAAUAAUCUGUGAUCUGGUUGAAGAGAAGUUCAAAGGCAUCAUUUCCAUCUUGGAUGAAGAAUGUCUGCGUCCCGGAGAAGCCACAGAUACGACAUUCCUAGAGAAGCUGGAAGAGACUGUGAAAAACCACCCACACUUUGUUACACACAAACUUGGAGACCAGAAAACUAGAAAAUGUCUUGGAAGAGAUGAGUUCCGCCUGCUCCACUAUGCAGGAGAAGUGAAUUACAGUGUAGUAGGAUUUCUGGAUAAAAACAAUGAUCUGCUGUUUAGAAAUCUGAAAGAGGUUAUGUGUGACUCUGGAAAUCCAAUAGCUCAUCAGUGCUUUGACAGAUCCGAGCUGACAGACAAGAAGAGGCCAGAGACGGCAGCAACCCAGUUUAAAAACAGUUUAUCAAAACUGAUGGAAAUUCUUAUGUCUAAGCAGCCUUCUUAUGUGCGCUGCAUAAAGCCAAAUGAUGCCAAACAAGCAGCUCGCUUUGAUGAGGUUCUCAUUAGACACCAAGUGAAAUAUUUGGGGCUUAUUGAGAAUGUGAGAGUACGUCGUGCUGGAUUUGCAUACAGGCGAAAAUAUGAAAUCUUCUUACAGAGGUACAAAUCUCUUUGCCCUGAAACCUGGCCAAAUUGGGAUGGACGUGCAAUGGAUGGAGUGGCAGUUCUUGUCAAGAGCCUUGGGUAUAAACCAGAGGAGUAUAAAAUGGGCAGGACGAAAAUUUUUAUUCGUUUCCCAAAAACCUUGUUUGCCACGGAGGAUGCCUUAGAAGUGAGGAAGCAAGGCAUAGCAACCUUCCUCCAGGCUAGAUGGAAAGGAUACCAUCAGCGACAAAAAUUCCUACACAUGAAGCAUUCCGCCAUACAAAUCCAGUCCUGGUGGCGAGGCACAGUGGGCCGCCGAAAGGCUGCCAAAAGGAAAUGGGCUGUGGAGGUUAUUCGAAGAUUCAUCAAAGGCUUCAUUUACCGCAAUCAGCCUCGCUGUCCUGAGAAUGACUAUUUCCUGGAUUAUCUGCGUUACUCAUUCCUGAUGAACCUUCAUCGCAACGUACCAAAAAGCGUGUUAGAUAAGUCUUGGCCUGUCCCACCCCCAUCCCUUCGAGAGGCCUCUGAGCUCCUCAGAGAGAUGUGCAUGAAGAACAUGGUGUGGAAGUAUUGCAGACGAAUCAGCCCUGAGUGGAAACAACAGCUUGAACAGAAAGUUGUCGCAAGUGAAAUAUUCAAGGACAAAAAAGACAAUUAUCCGCAGAGCGUUCCAAGACUCUUCAUAAACACUCGACUUGGCAAUGAUGAGAUCAACACUAAAAUACUUCAACAAAUAGAAAACCAGGCAUUAACGUAUGCAGUGCCUGUGGUCAAGUAUGACCGAAAGGGAUACAAGCCACGGAGGAGACAACUUCUGCUCGCUCAGAAUGCUGCUUACCUUGUGGAAGAAGCCAAACUAAAGCAGAGGAUUGAUUAUGCCAAUUUGACAGGAAUCUCUGUCAGCAGUCUCAGUGAUAACCUCUUUGUCCUCCAUGUAAAAUGUGAAGACAACAAGCAAAAGGGAGAUGUGGUGCUGCAGAGCGAUCAGGUGAUUGAGACACUGACGAAACUUGCCAUAGUAGCUGAGAAAUUCAACAAUAUCAACAUUAAUCAGGGCAGCAUCAAGUUUACUGUGGGUCAGGGUAAAGAAGGCAUCAUCGACUUUACACCAGGCUCAGAACUGCUGAUAGCUAAAGCCAAAAACGGACACUUGUCUGUGGUUGCGCCACGGCUGAAUUCCCGAUGAUGAAAAUUUGCAAUUCAGUAGGAAUCUGGACUACAACCGAACUGACAGUUUCACCUUCACCCAUUUCCCCCACUUGUUGAACAAUACCUGCUUUUUAUAUUUGAUAGUUACCAAAGACCUGCGCUGCUUAAAAUAAGGAAAGAAAUCAUUUUAUAUAUUUGUGAAAGUCAAAUAUUUUAUUUUUUAACUUGCUUUUGCACAGUUGCACCCCUCCCCCCGCUCCUAUGGUAUAUUUAUGCAUUUUCUGCAGUAGGCAUAUUGGGAUUUUGCCACUAAGGUGGUGGGCUCUAGCCUCUGUACACGUCUGAGUGGGAGGAGGAUGAUAGAAUAUUAUUAGUCUCUUACUCUAAUGCCAGAGAGGCCUUUUCCACUUUGCAGACAUACCAGGCUAUGGUUCAAACACAGACUUCAGAAAGUCUGCACUAAGUAAAUGGAAACUUAUUUAUGCAAUCUUAAUUUCAGGUAUUGAGGUAUAUUAAGCAGAUUUUAUAGCUUUUAUUCUACUAAAAGAUAUAUUGUGCAACAUUUCUCAGAAAAGCCUUACAAUGCCUUUGUGUUGUAAGAGAAAUCCAAAGCCAUAUGUAAAUGAGUGGACAAACCCUCGUCACUGUCUUUUAGAGGUGACGUCCAUUGCAAGAGUUAAUGUUUUGUAAAUGUAAGAAAUACUAAAAUGUGCAAUAUAUAUAUAUAUAUAUAUUGUGUAGGGCACCUUAACUAACGGUUGUUACAUGGAGAAAUCCUAAUUCGCUCACACUCGUUACUCUUUCACCAGUUGUCUUCUCAUAUCUGCAAUUCAACUUUAUAGACUUAAAGGCUUCACAGAUGCUGAAUUUAGGGUGGAUUCCGGUCACGUUUUUCCCAUCCUUUUAACAUAUACAAAAAACAUAUACGUUAAAUGGAUGCUGCAGACUGAUGCCAGACAGUGGCAUCUGUUCAACAUAGAGUUCCAUUGUAGUAAAAAAAAAAAAAAGUAUACAUAGUUUUUUUCUGGACUGUGCAGAAUACAAGUACGUAGUGUGCUGCGUUUUUGUAUCUUUUUUUUUUUUUGUAACGUAUACGUGAAACGGAGGCAUAAAACGUGAUGUAAACCCACCCUUACUGCAUAAUUUAUUCUAGACUGCCUAUUCCAGAGAGGUCUGUAUGUUAACAUGGUAUAGUUCACCUGUACAUUGGAGAAGCCAUUCUCUCCCCAUUCACAAAGAUCCAUGUAUUUAAUAGGAAGUAAAGGAAUUGUCUGCUGGAGGCAUGUUUAUGUGCACACCAAAGGGAAGGGAAGUGAAAUAGGAGUGCAGCUACAUUAUAUGUGCACCAUUUUCAUGCAUAGACCUCUUAUAGGCGACCUGUCCAGUAUCCUGACAUGUCAGAUAUCUUAAAUCCUUGUAUUCCCCAUGACAGCACAAUCCUGGAGUGUCCUGUGUUAUGCUGACCCUCUAUUAGUCCUUCUGGAAAUAUAUGCCUACAUGGACAAUUUGUGCCAACUUUCUCGUUCUCAGUAGGGACUGUCCUACACAGUCUGAUACUGUUAGUAUUCACAGUUCCAUUUUUUAGGGUGCAUUCACAUGUUUUUAUUGGCAUUUUCCAGCAUGUUAAAGCAAUGAUAUUCUGGUGUGUCUCCACCUCCUUCUCUUUACAGAAAAAAAUGCUUGAAAAAAAAAAAAGGCCAUAAAAAUGCAUGAGGUAUGGAAAAAACCUC